AUGAAGAACGUCACGCGAGACAUUUCUCCGGCGAAAACAAACGAUCAGAUUGAAAGAGACAUCGAAAAGGAGAUGACGACAAUGCACGACGAGGAUGUGAUGUUGUCUUCGCCGCGGUUCUUCUCAGAGGAGGAGGAGGAGAACGAAAAUGACGACGCGCAAUUUUUGAUGCUGAACGUUGGUCCAGUCGGGACGAGGAGAGAUUCGUUGAAAACUUCAAAGCGAAGACGAAGGUCUUUAGAUUUUACCGCCGCCGCGUUGGGAGAGAAUGAACAACAGCAACAAAACGCAGUUGCUCCUCUUCCAAUACAACAACAUUCCAAGAGUUUUUUAGCCUCGCUACCUCCGAUUGAUUCCCCGACGCUACUCAAGAAAGAGCAGAAGAAGAAACAGCUCGCGGAGACGACGACGGCGGAGACUAUUCCGUUGCACUCGUUGCACUUGCCGGAAUCGUUCGUGAAAUAUUUACACAGGAAAGGGAUCAAGAAGUUGUACGAUUGGCAAUCGGACGUGCUAAACACCCCUGGCGUGUUAACGCACGGUCAAAAUAUCGUGUAUUGCGCGCCCACGUCCGGUGGGAAAUCCUUAGUCGCGGAUAUUUUGUUAGCGAGAAGAUUGACGCAAUACAAAGGGUGCAUAUGUUUGUUGGUGUUGCCAUUCGUGUCCUUAUGCGUGGAAAGAGCGAGAGACUUGGAGAUUUUAUUGUCGAGCAUACACCGAUUGCGCGUGUUGCGUCACUUUGGUGGGAGUGGCGGCGGUAUACCGAAAUCUGGAACUGGGCAAACGUACUUGAUUGUGUGCACGCCGGAGAAAGCCAACGCUCUGGUGACGAAGAUGAUUGAACAACACAGAUUGAAAGAUUUGAAGUGCGUGGUGGUCGACGAGUUACACAUGGUUCAAGAACCAGGGCGAGGUGCGACUUUGGAGUGUUUGUUGACGAAGUUAGUGUACGCGACUGAAGAGAAUGGGAGUGGCGCGCCUGGAGAUGCCGCAAAUACAAACACGGUAUUGGGCGACGUGUCGCAAUACUCGUCCUCGGACGGCGGGUACUCCAUCUUCUCGCCACCGUCUAAAGAAGGUGAAAAUACAAUGAAUAACCAAAGGCCGAUACAGAUUGUUGGCAUGUCCGCGACGUUACCGAACGUAAAUGCGCUGGCGGAAUGGCUGGACGCGUCUUGUAGCAUUAGUAACUAUCGACCGGUGACGUUGGAAGUCUUCGUCAAAUCGAGAAAUAAUAUUAUCGACAGUGCGUCGGGCGAAGUCGUUCGUACGUUAGAGCAAGGAAACGAUGUGGUACACGUAGGUAAACUGUGCAUGGAAACGUUACAGGAAAAUGGCCAGGUUCUUGUCUUUUGCGGCACGCGAGAUAAAUGUCGAGUACUCGCAGAUCAGUUGGCGAAAAUGAAAUUUGUUGAUGUUAAUUUAGGUAUCGGGAACUCGGUCGAGGCGAGAGAACAAUUCGCCUACGACGCUUUACCGAGGAACGAUAAAGAUGGUUCGAUUUCCAAUAUCGCCAAGUACAUCAUUUCAGGUAUUGCGUUCCAUCACGCUGGCAUGCAAGUAGAAGAACGUCAAGCGAUUGAAGUUGCAUAUAAACGUGGCUUGGUUCGCAUCGUAUGCGCCACGUCCACGCUCGCGGCGGGCGUGAACAUGCCCGCGCGAAGGGUUAUCGUUCGCGACUUGCUCGUCGGUGGAACGCAAAAACUGGAACCGAGAAAUCUGCAGCAAAUGAUCGGUCGCGCUGGAAGAGCUGGCUUAGACGAUCGAGGCAGCGCUUACGUUUUCGUCGGUCAAGACGUUCCGGAGAAAGUCCUCGAGAAGAAAAUCGAGGAAGUGCGCGACAUGCUCGAAGGGGAUUUGCCCGAGUUGGAAUCUGCGUUGGCACAAGCUGGCAUGCGGCGUGUCAUGUUGGAGGGAUGUGCUUCAGGUUUAGUCCGACACGCGAGAGAAGUCAAACGCUACGCGCAGAAAACGCUAUUAUCCGCGUUGAACGAUUUCGACGAUUACGUGCAAUCCAUCGCCGUCGAGGCGUUGAAGUGGUUGCAAGACGAAGCGUUAUUGAAAUGGUGUCCGAAAACGCACACAUAUUCAGCCUCAAAUUUAGGAAACGCCGCGGCGCAAUCUGGGAUGGUUAAAGUCGAAUCGAUUCGACGCGUCGAACAAGAUUUGUUGUUAGCCAGGAAGGCUUUAGUCUUAGCCACGCCUCUGCACUUGUUGUUUCUGAUUACUCCGACAUUGGAUUGGCGCGAAGAGGAAAUCGUGCAAAAGAACGGCAAAGUCAUCAAGAAGAUGGUCCCGCCUAACCCGUUACCUCCAUUAAAUCAAAAGUUCUUCAUGGAUUUGUACUCAAACUUAGAUCCAUUGCAAAAGUCUGUUCUGGAAAUGGUCGGUAUUGAUCGCGCGUACGUCGAAAGUCGUUUACAACAAGGUAAAAUGGACAACCCGCGAGACGAGAAUCAUGCGAGGCAACGACUGCUGUGCAUUCGAUUCAUCAACGCGUUAAUUUUACUCGACUUAGUCGAAGAAGUCAAAGUCGAUCACAUAUGUAAAAAGUAUUCCAUCACCGGUCAUACGUUGAAAAAGUUACAGGAAGAAUCGGUUCGUUUAGGAUUCACCGUCUCGUCCGUGUGCGUGUACAUGCGAUGGCAGGAUUUAGGCGAUUUGGUAAAUCGCGCUGCGGAACGGCUCAUGGUUGGUGGCAGAGAAGAUAUUUUACCACUCACUUGCGUCGGAGACUGCAUAGAUGUGACUCGAGCGCGAGCGUUACUAGAUGCGGGAAUGAAAUCGCCAAAAGAUGUCGUCGGAUUUGGCGUCAAAAGAGUGCAAAAAGCCAUCAAACGUUUGAACACGGUGAAAAACUCGGCACACACGGCGAACCAGAUUUUUAGAGCGUGCGAGAAAUUUAUCGCCGAGGAAGCGAAAGCGGCGAGAGAAGAAGCGGAACAGAGAAUGCGUGAGUUGAUGGAAGAGGAAGAGUUGUUUUGUUUGGAGGAGGAGAAUAACACGACCAAUAACACUACGACCACCACGACCACGAUGCUUCUCAAGGAAGAAGAAGAAGAAGAGCAAGCGGAAGCGGAAGACAUGUGGGCGGGAGGUUGCAGAGGAGGCGUUAAAAAACGAAAAGACCACGUUUUGGUCGAAGGUAAAAAUGAGAACGCGAGGAAUGCUUCUUCUUUCAAGCGCGCGAAAAGAUAUCCAACGCCGUUCACGGAGGAAGACGACGACGAUUUCGAUCUCGACGACAAAACCCCGAGCAUUGUCUUCUGCAGAGAUGCGGAACAAGUCGCCGCGUUGACAAAGAAAUGGCGCGAGUCCGAAAAAUACGCCAUUCUCUUCGAACCAAACCCAUUGGAACCGUUUUCGUUGCCACCGAUUGGUAUCUUCUUAGCAUUUAGCGACGAGUGCGUGUAUUUCAUGCGCUUACGCGCAAAGUCAAGAGAUGAGGCCGGCAACGAAGCGACGGAAAUCGUAAACGAAACGAAAGACAAACCGGCGUGCGACGUUGCCACGGCGAUUGAGAUUUUGCGAGACGCUCGGUCGAAGAAAAUGACGAUUGAUUUGAAACCGCAACUGAGAAGUUUACUCGGUGCAGAAACGUUCGAAGACCGCGAAUCGAGAUUGAAGAAUUCCGCUCGUUCAGUAGCCCAACAACCACACGAGUAUUUCUUUGCGUUUUGUGGCGAGCGUGUUUUGGAUCUUCGCAUCAUGGCGUGGUUGUUGCGACCGGACGUGCAGACGACACCGUGCGUCUCUUCUGCAAACGCAUGGGGGUCAUCGCGAAUGUUGCGGUCGUCUAGUGAAAGUAACAAUAACAAUAAGGUAGUCUUGAAUAUGUCAUCUGCUGCGAUGACCUACGAAACAUCCUUGUGCGACGCCAUCUUGAGAACGUUCAUCGGCGACCUCUCACCCGCGCUGAACGUCUCGAAAAUCGAACGCCAAUCGACGUACGAUCCCCGAGCAAAAAUAAAUAGGCACCGAAAUAAACUCUCUGUGUUUCGGCUAGAGCUAGCUAAAGCUGUGGCGACCAUUUGGCACGUCUCGGAGACGUUUGAGCACAUGUGCAAGAAAAGCGACGUGUACCAGGCUUUGCGAACGUUGGAAAUGCCCUUCGCGCGAGCGUUGGCCGAUAUUGAAAAUGUCGGCGUACCGAUUAAUGCUGCAGCACUCCAACCACACAUCGCAAAAGCUAAAGCGAGACGAGAUGAGAUCGAAACCAUUUGCAUGCAAUGGUAUUCGCCCGAAAUGCCCUCAGUGAAUUUGAACUCGUCCACGGACGUGAGUAUUUUACUGUUUGAAACGUUAGGUUUGACGCCGCCGGACGAUGCAAUAAUUCCAGAUUUUAACACCAAACGUUAUAACGAUAACGGUAAAAAUGACAAAAUUAAACGCAGGCAGAAGUUCAAAGUUGAUGCGGAGUGUUUGAAGCAGUUGGCGCACCCAGUCGCGGCGUUGAUAUCCGAGCAUAGGAGUUUGGGUAAGUACGUAGCUACCGCCGAGGAGCUUUCAUUGGUCGCAUCUCGUCCCAUACAAGAAGAAGACGAAGUCGAUGAGGAUGGCGUCGAUAUUUCUCGAACGAAAGCAACGACGAAAGACCGCAUAUACGCGUUCGCGAACCAAACCGAUACGGAAACUGGACGAACGACGUCCGUUAAUCCAAACUUGUAUUCCAUUCCUCACGGCGCCGUUUCUGAUGAGAAAGUGCCCACAUCUCUGCGCUCGCUCUUUGAAGCUCCACAAGGGCGGAUUUUAGUCGCGUGUGAUUAUGCUCAAUUGGAAUUGAGGUUAGUCGCGCACUGUUCCGAAGACGCGACGUUGAUUUCCGCGCUGAGUUCUAACCCGUUCGAAGAGGAAAAUGCGGAUCCGUUUACGCGAAUCGCCUCGAAAUGGAUGCGCGUGGAUUACAACGCGGUGACUGACGAACAGAGGAAACAAACGAAAAAUCUCGUAUAUGGUGUCAUUUACGGUUCCGGCGUGAAAUUGUUUGCAAAGAGCUUGAACAUCGCUGAGAACGAAGCGACGAAAAUGCUCGAUGAUCUCAAAGGUACCACUUUAUUGGGCGUCGAAAAAUGGAAAUCGCAAAUCCUUGCCUUAGAAAAGACGAAAGAUUCGCCGCGCGCGAGAACGUUAUCGGGACGUUUCAGAGAUUUACCAGAACUGAAAUCCGAGAAUUUCUCGCACGCUGCUACCGCGGAAAGAGUCUUCAUCAACACCUUGAUGCAAGGCAGCGCGGUUGACAUCCUUAAAAUGGCCACCAUGUCCGCGCUCGAAAACUUACGCAAGAAGUCCUUGUUGAAAAAAACCGAUUUAAUCUUAACCAUACACGACGAGUUGUUGUUCGAAUGCGACGAAAAUCUCGCUAAAAUGGUUGGUCGGGAGACAAGGAAAGCCAUGGAAGAUGUCGGGAAACACUUCAAUUUGAAAGUGCCUUUAUUUGCGGAUUUACGAAUCGGUAAGACGUGGGCGGAUUUGAGCAAACGAAAAUAA